CUGUGCCUGUGGACAGGAGUUCCCUGGUGCCUAUGACCUCAUGCUACACCAGAGGACUCACUAUAUAAGGAGCAGGGUACCAUGUGGGACACAUACCAUGACUGCACACCUGCAAACAUCCGCUGUAAAGAGAGAGCGUGGUCACACUGAGGAGGAGGAGGAAGGAGAGGAAGUUGGUGGAUUUAUUAAACGUGAAGAAGCAGCUUCUUGGGAUCCUCCUCAACUCGGAAUGAGUCCUGCCUCUAGCCACGGCAGUGAGGAGACCACCUCUACAUCAGGAGAACCUGAGCAACACCAGGAGAACCACGACACAGCCACGACGUCUCACCGCUGCUUUGGCUGUGGACAGGAGUUCCCUGCUGCCUACGACCUCGUGUUACACCAGAGGACACACAUAGAGAGAGGCUUCUACAAGUCUGUCUGUGGAGAGCUGUUCUACCAGAAGGAGUUACUCAAAACACACCAUCAGAAAGUUGACACAGGAAUACCUGGACAACACCGGACGAAUCCCAAAGCUAAGAAGUCUCACGACUGUGUAGUGUGUGGAAAACAACUAUGGGAAGCAAUGAAGCUGAAGAGGCACAUGAGGACACACACAGGAGAGAAACCUCACGGCUGCUCUGUGUGCGGCAGAGGAUUCACGCAGAAAGGAAAUCUGAAAACACACAUGAAAACACACAGAGGGCUGAACCCCAAAUUGUGGUCCGCUGGAGAGGCCAGUCCCUCGACAUCAGGAGAACCUAAACAACACCAGAAGAACCACACAGCUAAGACAUUUCAGAAUUGCAUAGAAUGUGGGGAGAUGUGCCGAACUCUACCAGCACUAAAAAGACACAUGAAAACUCACACCAGUAAGAAGCCGUCUUACCAAUGUUCCCUUUGCGGGGCGGGAUUCACUGAGAAAGGGCAAAUCCAAGAGCACCAGUUACAGCAUGCUGAGAGAAGCCGUACUCCUGCCCUGACUACCACCUUCAUCCAUCAGCCUCCAUCCGUCAGCCUCCAUCAGUCAGCUCCCAUCCGUCAGCCUCCAUCCGUCAGCUCCCAUCCAUCAGCUCCCAUCCAUCAGCCUCCAUCCAUCAGCUCCCAUCCGUCAGCCUCCAUCCGUCAGCUCCCAUCCGUCAGCCUCCAUCCGUCAGCCUCCAUCCAUCAGCUCCCAUCCAUCAGCUCCCAUCCGUCAGCCUCCAUCCGUCAGCCUCCAUCCGUCAGCUCCCAUCCAUCAGCCUCCAUCCGUCAGUCUCCAUCCAUCAGCUCCCAUCCAUCAGCCUCCAUCCGUCAGCUCCCAUCCGUCAGCCCCCAUCCGUCAGUCUCCAUCCAUCAGCUCCCAUCCAUCAGCCUCCAUCCGUCAGCUCCCAUCCGUCAGCUCCCAUCCGUCAGCUCCCAUCCGUCAGCCUCCAUCCGUCAGCUCCCAUCCGUCAGCCUCCAUCCAUCAGCUCCCAUCCAUCAGCCUCCAUCCGUAAGCUCCCAUCCAUCAGCCUCCAUCCGUCAGCCUCCAUCCAUCAGCUCCCAUCCGUCAGCUCCCAUCCGUCAGCCUCCAUCCGUCAGCCUCCAUCCGUCAGCCCCCAUCCGUCAGCCUCCAUCCAUCAUCCUCCAUCCGUCAGCUCCCAUCCGUCAGCUCCCAUCCGUCAGCCCCCAUCCGUCAGCCCCCAUCCGUCAUCCUCCAUCCAUCAUCCAUCAUCCCCAUCCAUCAGCUCCCAUCCGUCAGCUCCCAUCCGUCAGCCUCCAUCCAUCAUCCUCCAUCCGUCAGCUCCCAUCCAUCAUCCUCCAUCCGUCAGCUCCCAUCCGUCAUCCUCCAUCCGUCAGCCUCCAUCCAUCAUCCUCCAUCCAUCAGCCUCCAUCCAUCAGCCUCCAUCCAUAA